AUGUCCUGUGCCUCUGUCUUUACAGCUUCCAGCUACAGUUUUAUUCUGAGCAUUAGUGAAGAGGAAGCCAGGGUGAAGGCUUUGAACGAGUACCUGAGCACUCGUAGUUAUAUCCAGGGGUUCAUAUUUUCACAUGCAGAUGUGGAGGUAUUCAGAAAGUUUUCGGGGCCACCUGAGGACCAGUAUUUCCAUGUUGUCCGGUGGUACAGGCACAUAGAAGCAAUCUAUGAUGGCAGCAAUGAAAAAAAUGAGCCUUGUAAGCUUCAAACAAGUAAAGGCAGGCGUAUGCAGCCUCACUGGUCUCCCCCUGAAGGGACAAAACAUUCUAGACUCUGCCUCUAUAACAGCCUGACUCGCAAUAAGGAACUAUUUCAGCCUCAGAAUGGAAAAAAGGUCACAUGGUAUUGCUGUGGUCCAACAGUGUACGAUGCUUCUCACAUGGGACAUGCCAGGUCAUACAUCUCUUUUGACAUCCUGAGAAGAAUCUUUAGGGAUUAUUUUAAAUUUGACGUUUUCUAUUGUAUGAAUAUUACAGAUAUUGAUGAUAAGAUCAUCAAGAGAGCAAGACAAAAUUACCUUUUUGAACAGUAUAGGGAGAACAAAUCAACAGCAGCUCAACUACUUGAAGAUGUCAAAACUGCCUCAGAGCUCUUUUCAGUUAAAUUAAAUGAGACAACAGACCCAGAUAAAAAGCAGAUGUUGGAAAGAAUUCAGAGUGCAGUGAGGUCUGCUUUUGACCCUCUGGAAGAAGCUGUGCGAGAGAAACUCCCCACCGAAGAGAUCAACACAUACCAUGAGAUACUGUUGGAAGAAGCAAAAGAUUUGCUGUCUGACUGGUUGGACAAAAAAUUUGGCAGUCAGGUGACUGACAAUUCCAUAUUCUCUAAGCUCCCCAAAUUCUGGGAAGUGGAAUUUCAUAAAGACAUGGAAGCUCUCAAUGUUUUACCUCCUGAUGUUUUAACACGGGUUAGUGAAUAUGUUCCAGAAAUUGUGGAAUUUGUUAAAACGAUUGUGGAUAAUGGUUAUGGGUAUGUGUCUAAUGGAUCUGUAUACUUUGAUACUAUGAAGUUUGAUUCUGCUGAGAAGCACUCCUAUGCUAAGUUGGUUCCUGAAGCUGUAGGUGAUCAAAAAGCUCUUCAAGAGGGUGAAGGUGACCUGAGUAUCUCAACUGAUCGCUUGAGUGAGAAGCAUUCUCCAAAUGAUUUUGCUUUGUGGAAAUCCUCCAAGCCAGGAGAGCCCUCGUGGGACUCUCCAUGGGGAAAGGGCCGUCCAGGUUGGCACAUUGAAUGUUCUGCAAUGGCUGGAUCCGUUUUAGGAGAGUCGAUGGAUAUUCAUGGAGGAGGGUUUGAUCUCCGUUUUCCACACCAUGACAAUGAACUGGCACAGUCUGAGGCAUACUUUGAAAAUGAUCACUGGGUUCGAUAUUUUCUGCAUACUGGCCACUUAACAAUUGCUGGCUGUAAAAUGUCCAAAUCUUUAAAGAAUUUCAUUACCAUAAAAGAUGCAUUGAAGAAGCAUACAGCACGGCAGUUACGGUUGGCUUUCCUCAUGCACUCUUGGAAGGAUACACUGGAUUAUUCGAAUAAUACCAUGGAGUCAGCUAUUCAGUAUGAGAAGUUUAUGAGCGAAUUCUUUUUAAAUGUGAAGGAUAUUCUUCGAGCUCCCACUGAUUUGACAGGCCAGUUUCAGAAAUGGGAAAGCCAGGAAGCAGAGCUGAACAAAAAUUUUUACGACAAGAAGGCAGCAAUUCAUGAAGCACUGUGUGACAAUAUUGAUACUCGCUCUGUCUUAGAAGAAAUGCGUUCGUUAGUCAGUCAGAGUAACUCCUAUAUUGCUGCAAAGAAAUCUUCCAGACAAAUGCCAAACAGACUUCUUUUAGAAAACAUCAGUUCGUAUCUCACUCAAAUGCUAAAGAUAUUUGGUGCCAUAGACAGUGAUGAUGCAAUUGGGUUUCCUGUUGGAGGAAACAGUCAAAACGUAAAUAUUGAAUCUACAGUGAUGCCAUACCUGCAAGUCCUUUCUGAGUUCAGAGAAGGAGUGCGACAAAUUGCUAGAGAGAAGAAAGUAACUGAAGUGCUGCAGUUGAGUGACUUUCCUGAACUGGGUGUUCGAUUUGAAGAUCAUGAAGGGCUUCCAACUGUGGUCAAAUUAGUGGAUAAGGACACAUUAUUGAAAGAAAGAGAAGAAAAGAAGAAGGUUGAAGAAGAGAAAAAAAGGAGGAAAGAAGAAGCAGCCAGGAAAAAACAAGAGCAGGAGGCAGCAAAACUGGCAAAGAUGAAGAUUCCACCGCACGAAAUGUUUAAAUUGGAACAUGACAAAUAUUCCAUGUUUGAUGAAAAUGGAUUUCCCACCCAUGAUACAGAAGGCAAAGAACUCAGCAAAGGACAAAUUAAGAAGCUGAAGAAACUUUAUGAAACCCAGGAAAAACUAUACAAGGAGUAUCUACAAAUGGUUCAGAAUGGAAGUGCAAAUUGACAGUGACAGGACUUUUUCCAAAAGGCGAGUGUUGGGUCACCGUUGCAAAUGCGAGCAUAUACUGAUGCUCGUCUCUCUGUUUACACUUUCUAUUAUGUGCAAAGUAAAAAUCCUGUUUACGUGGAUUAAUAAUGUCAUCUGGAAAGUCAAUAAAAAUCCAUUCUUAAAAAAACCCAACAUCUAAUAAUUUUAUUAGCAACAACAGUGGCAGACUGAAUAGUGCCCAGUUCUGUUUGGGAAGAUGCUGCUUAGUCAGCAAAUCCACAUAAGGCUUCUUGUUGAUUAUAGCUGUCCAGGCUUCAGUUAAUUUGUCCUGCGUACCCAUCUCUACCUAAUACCUAAUGUAGCUUGCACUCUGGAGUAGGAUACAGUAAGCAAAACUUACACUAAAUGGAAGCUGAAUAAUUUGUCCCACACUAAGAAUAGUAAGUAUUUUCCAGACGAUUUUAAUAUCGUUAUGUAACAGGAAAAACUGAGAAGUUCCACUAUAAUACUCUAGCUGCUGUUAUUAAAAACUCUCAUAAGUAUACCCAGGACACACUAUAAAGUAGAAGCAAACAGUCCCUUCCAUAGGGCUAGACUAUAGAAGUCUGGACUCAUUUGCAAAAGGGGACAGAUCAUCGUCAUCUCGCUCAACUUGCAGUUGCAGUUAAGUGGGUAGGUACAAGGGAGAUGUACCUGCACUGAACAAACAGGUGUGAAAGACACAAGUUGCUACAGGCAGGGGAUGUGUUCUUGGAGUUGUCGCUUCAGGGAACAAAAGGGCUGCCCAAAGACAGAGGACCGUACCCACUUAUUUAUUCAGACCCAAGGGGGAAGUAACAGAGGGUUCCUGACUGAGAUAGUUUGUAGAUUGGCUUGCAACUAAAAAAUACGACCAUACGUCACUCAUUAUUCAAGACUGAUUUUGACAUGACAGUUUAACCAAGGACAGCUCUCUGUUGCUUAAUAAUAAAUUUCACUGGCAGUACCGGCUACCCUUUGGUUAUGAAAUCGUACAAAAUGUCUCACCCACUUCACAACUGCGUAAUAGCUAAGUACCCAACAUGCAAAAUGAUAUUCACCAUGUAUUCUUAAGCCUCAAGAUGUCUCACAAAAGGUCAAACGGUGAGUCAUUGUAAAAACUGUGAUAUCGCUGUUCUCGCAACUCUUAGGUUCACGCUAUGACCAUUAGGCUAUGCUCCUUCUCCUAGUUAAGAGUUAUAAAUAUUUUUGCUCUCACUUUAUCUUAAUAUAUAACUUAAGUCUCAAGAUGUACAGAUUUGGAGUAACAGAAAGGCCUAGUAGUUUUUUGUCUAGUUUCCUAGAAUUUGCCUUUGAAAACCUAUGUAAUGAUGAGGUCAGCAAAACACAUGCAUCUUGUACACCGAGUAUAAAAUCUGCAGUACAGCGUACGUGCAUGUGACCUUUGCGU